UUUUGUAUUGAUUACGGAUGGGUUGAACAUUUUUAGAAUACGAUGUAAAGUAAAAGUAGGAAUAAUAUUGACAACAGAGAAAUAAGAACGAUCUUUUCUUUCACAACUUCAAGAUGUAGAAACGAAUAGCGUCUAAUUUCGACCGCAGCUACACCCGAGUCUUUUUGUAACUACAAUGGUACUAUUCAACAUAGACACCAUGGAGAUCGAGCCCCGCCCAGCAUUUUUGAACCAAACUACCAAAUUGGAUGAAAUUGCAAUGGAUAAAAAUUUCUUUUGGCUUUUGUGUUCACUUCUGUCAUCUGUUGUUUGGGUUGUUUAUAUCACAUAUUAUAAUUCAAGAGUAAUUGGUUAUUUCAUCACACGACUCUUGAAUCGCUUUAUCACAGAUGGAUACAUGCAUGUGGGAUCAUUUACCUGUAAUGCUUUGGCUGGAAAAAUAAUGUUCAGAGACAUUGUGUACAUAACACAUGAUUAUACUGUAAGAGUCCAAGAUGGCUGGCUUAUAUUCCGCUGGUGGAGAUCAUAUGUGCCAAAAGAUGUAUCUGAAGAUUUGUCUCACUCGGACACUCGUUUGUCAGUAAUGCUGAACGGCUUUGAACUCCAUGUUUACAACCGUACCUCAUUGUAUGCAAAUCUUGAAAAAAUUUUUGGUUUGGAGUCACAGAUAUUUCAGCGAAAUGAAACCAAUGGUUCAGAUACAGUGGACAUUGCAGUUGGGGGAUCUGCAGAUGAGACCGGUGCUCCAGGGGAUAAUAAUAGCAGACUGCCACAUCAAACUGCUGGUUUGUCAAACAGUUGGAGAGAUCUUAUUCCUGUAAUCAAAGUCGAUGUUACAUGUGGAAGAGUUGUUUUUGGUAACCGACUUGUACCUACUACAUUGUCUAUUAAUGUUGAAGAAGCACACUUCGUUUAUUCUACAAAGCCAGCAGCAUCCCGUUUGGAUCAUUUUAUGCAUUUCAUCAAAUGUAAAGGAGAAAAUUUCAAGGUUAUAUUGGCACCAAGUCCAAAAUAUACAGGAAUGGUAGAUGAUCCUCCACGUUACAUGGGGGAAGGAUUUGUGGUAUUAUCCUCCAACAAUAUUGAGCUGUAUUUUUACAUGGAUGAAGCAGGUUUAGUUCCAGAAGAACCAGAAAUGCUUCAGUUGGCCAAUGGGGAUAUUGUUGAAUCAGCACCACCAAUUUGGGGGAUGGACAUAAAGUGUGGCAAGGGAACAGAUUUCAGUUAUGGUCCAUGGGCUGAUCGCCAGAGAGAGCAUCUGUUUAAAUUCUUUUUUCCUGCUGACUACCAGCCUUUGCAGGUAACAAAGCCGCCACAACCAGGUGAGAAGAGAAGGGCUCAGUCAUUUGACAUAAGGCUCAGCACACUUAAUGAAGCAACUGUCGAUAUUCUAUUUUCAAAGAACAAGGAGACCAAUGCUGUCCAUAUCAAUGUUGGAGCUGGUUCAUAUCUUGAGGUGACAAUGCCAUGGGUUAUUCAACCAGAUGGCUACACUACAAAAAUAAUUGGUCAGUUGUUGCACUUAGAAGCUACCACAAGCUUACAGUAUCGUAGUCUUGUCUUAAGCGAAACAUUGGAAUUCACUGUGAAGUGCCAUUAUCCUAUCAAGUGGAAUGAUCAUCAAGAAUGGAUACUGAAUUUGACAGGUUGUAAAGCAUCAGUGAACCUUAUCUAUGCACAUAAGUGGUUCUUUCAAGACCUUAUAAAUGACUGGGCAAGCAAGGCAAGGCCUGAUCUCUUACAUUUUGUGCCAUAUACGUGGAAGAUAUCUGUGAUGUUGAAAGAGUUUGAGCUUAUAACCUUAAGUAAUGAAUACAAUUGGAUUGACUGUUCUUCUCAAAAUCAGGAAAAUGCACACAUUGCUUUCUGUGGCGAGUUAUUUGACAUGUCCUUUGAUUUACCAUUCAAGGAUUUUCUUCCAGCAACAAUACCACUCAAGUUCUGGAUACAGGGAGAGAGUGUGGAUUUGGCUCUGUAUCUUCCUGAGACAUCAACCACACGUUACACCCUCUUAGCUCUGGAUGCCAAUGCUAAAGUUCUUGGGCGCAACGGAACAAACCAGUCCAGUUCAACUGUUAUACCUCGCAAAUGGAGAAAUUUGUGCCAGAAAGUCCAUGGCUGGGUUGAUUGCUGGUCAGUGCCCAUAGUAGCUCUUUGCAUAAACUACACUUAUCAUCCAGUACCACCUCUUGGGCCUCCUCCACAGGCAGACAUAACCACUCCAGAAAAGGAGGAGAUACUGCUCUCUCCAAUGAGAAUUCCACGCUGCAGGAAAUCACCUGGUCUUCAUUGGUCACAGGAUGGAAAGAAAUUUGACCCAACUACAUUGCCACCUGAUAAAGUAACUGUAGAGCUGGAAAUAGGAUCUUCUGUGCUGUUCCUUUAUGGAUCAUGGCUUAGGAAUUUCAUACAUCUGAAGGAAAAUAUUUUUGGAGAAGACCAAGCAUUUACAGAUAUGCACCAGAGUCAUUUGUCAUCUGUUGUUCCUGAAGCAGCAUCUGCUCCUGGUGGAAGUGUUUCUGACCCUGCAGCAGGCGACAGUGAUUCCAUAAAGCAGAGAGAAUUUGAUCCAAGGCAAUACAGACCUCUUGAGGUUUCUGUUUCUGUCACAAUGCAUGAUAUCCAGGCUCAUCUGGUCAAGAAUUGCAGUGAAGGAGAUCCUCCAUGUCCCAUUAUACUACUGGAAAGAUUUGGGUUUGAAAUGAAGAAAAGUUACAAGGAAACACAACUACAGCUGCUGCUUUCCCCUUCAAGUUUGCUUGCUUUGGACACUGUUAGCCGAUCACCAAAGGAGACUCAUAUUGCUCAAGGGCAUCUUAUGCUCUCAAGUUUACAGGUUCGUGGUCAUGCAAUGUUCAGUGAUGAAGGACGCUCCCUCGAUGAUGAAACCUUGGAAUACGCAUGGAUGUUGGAAAUUCAGUUGGGAAAGCUUAGUGGAAAGCUGUCUUCACCACAGUUAUACCACCUUGUUACUAGUCUUGAGACAUUUGCGCUGAUGGUGAAGGAUGCAGAGAAUCACUUGAGACCUUCCCGCUCACCACCUCAUAUGUGCCAUCAUGGUGUUCCACCUCUACAGUGCCCAGAGACAGAUGUGGAGAAUCGAUAUCUGUGUCCGUCAGGAGACCAGAUUAAAUACCGAAUGAUCAGACUGGCUGUGGAUGCUCUGGACAUUUACCUUCUUGAGAGUGGCACUGCAAUAAAUCUAUGGGCUUCUCCAUUGCGCUUAGCUACGUGCAAUCUCCACGGCAGUCAGGUGAAGUCUGGCGUAACAGCUGUUCUACCUGCUGUACAGAUUAAACAGUAUGUAUCAACAGGUGGUGGUUUCAGUCACAGCAACACCAACACUGCUGGCAGUGGCCGAUCACAGCAUAAUGGUUCUAAAUUUCCAUCAGUUGACAGCACGUCAAUGGAACUGUGGCUAGAAGUUGGUUCUGUUACAUUGGGCCCUCUUAUUAUUGAAGCUGCAAUGUCUCUACCGACACCAGAUCACAAUCUGCACCUUAUUCAACACAAGUAUUUGAGAGUCCAUGAUGAAUCUACCAAGAGAUUGUGGUUCUUGUGGUCUGGUGAUACAUCAACAAGAUCCAUGGGAAAGUGCGGAUGCAUUGGUGGCUGUGCAUUCUUUGGAAGCAAUCGCAAUGGACCAAGGUUCUUCAAACCAAGCAAACAAGAUUUCCAGGAUGGGAUUAAUGUAGCUUCUUUCAGGAUUAAUGAGCCAGGACACGAUCCAGGAUUUGGACAGAGCAUAUUGCAUGAAGGUCAGUUGGUGUUCCAUACACCACCAUAUGGAUCCCAAGAUGUUUCAUUGCAGGAGCCAGCAAAUGGAUGGGAAAUUAAACCAGGACCAUUGAAGGUUGUGGCAGCAAUGGAGCGCAGCAGUGAAAGUCCUAAUCUGGUUGCUGAACGUUUUUGUUCUGAAGCAAAGGACAGUUCUGUGGGUGCUAACAGUAGUUCGAGGUUGAGCACUGCAUCACCCAGCCCUGUUAGUACAUACAGUGACAAACGUGGACUCGGUCGUCGCUUCUCAUACACCUCAAGUGGGCCUAAUAGGGCUAGUGCUAGCUGUCAUCAGGCAGUCCCAUACUCCCGACUUGUGGACAACAGCCCUACGCUGCUGUUGCCUCCUAAAUUGGACAGUGACUCAAAGCUACACCAUCCAGAAAGUAGCAAGUCAAUCCUAAGUGUCCCUGAGGCAGAGGCACCUCCAAAGAGUAGUGUUUCUGAUUCCCGGUUGGCUGUUGAUUAUUUCACAACAGAUGAAGAAACCCAACAGUCCACUUCAGAGCAGCAUGAUGCAGCAGUACCAAAUGUUUCAUCAGAAUCACGCCAGUCAUUAACUGCUGAUGCAGCUGAAGAAAUACUGUGCAAAGAAGUCCAGCGAACAGUUUCAAUGAGCAGUGAGAAUCACUCUGAAGCAUUUUACUCUGCUGAUGAAGAAACUGGUGCCACAGCCAGUCGCACAUCUUCUCUGAGGCAUUCUGUCAACCUGCCUCGGCGUGAUAGUAGCAGUAGUGCCACAACUGGAAGAAAGAAAUAUUCGAGUGAACUUAAUAUCGUUCCUGGACCCACUGGCGUCACUUCUGUGGCAGCUGGUACAGUUGUAGUGACCACAGAAGGAAGAGCCAGGCUAUCUAGCCACCGCAGUGACCAUGAAAUUCAUACACCAGAACAUCGUAAUCAGUAUAUGGGAGUUUCAGGUGAUGAAGAUAAAAGAAGUGUUACUGGAAUCCAUCCUAUCAUAACACCCCAUAAAAAGUACAACAGCAGUUUACCCAUAUCCACACAUCAGAGAUCUAUCAGUCCACGUUACUUUGUUCACAGUGGACCAGAAAGUUUGAACGACAGACUUAGCACUAAUGAUGGUCUAGAAGUCCCUGAACAUGAAGCCAUUAUCCCUGAUUCUUCUGACAGCCAUUCUGUGUCUAGUACAUCAUUUAUUUCAGCUGUCUCUUCGCAAGAAGAUUUGACAUUGGUUAAUUUGCAUAUGCAAGUGAAUAAGCCUAUUGUGGAUUCACCACUGCUAAUGUCGAGUUACAUUAGUCAUCUAUCACAGGUCUCAUGUAGAAACUGGUCACAUGCAUCUCUCCCAUCAGGCUGCGAUGCAUUUACAGUCCCACUGUUCCAGCGGACAGAGGAUGGUCGCCUCAUUUAUGUUGAUGCUGAUAGGUUGCAUCCUGUAAUGGGCAAGAACAUCUGUGCAGGUAGUAAGUAUACACCAAAAUUUGAAACUUUGACAGAAGGAUUUACAUCUCUUAAAAUGGUGGGUCGUCCAAAUGAACAUGGUUCCCCUCCUCCACAAAGUGGCAAAACACCAACUCAUCCAUACACCUGGGACAGUAGCACAUUUAUGGGCUCAGAAGCAGAUGAUUUGGAGAGUGGUUGUGAAGAAGAACUGUUAACUCUUCAACAUGAGUAUGGCAAUCGAACGACCGUUAUACUGAAGCUGAAGGGGGAUGUUGACAUUAUGCUAACACCACUUGUCCUAGAAUCUCUGCAGAGAUUCACUGAUGCACUGACUCCAACACUUUCAUCUCUUCAUCCUUUAACAGUAUUAAAUCAUUUGCAUUCUGAGUGCAUAGGAAGAGUAGAGGCUGCAAAUGUUUUGAAUCGUGAUGGGUACUUCAGCCAACAUUUGCAAGCGAGCAGCAAACGGAGCACGGCAGAACGAACUGCUGGUGUCACUCCUCAUGCAAAAAAUGUGUAUGAAGAAUGCAUUUCUACUCAGGCACAGGGCACUCUUAUCCUACCAAAGGUCAAUAUUACUUUGCUUCAAGCAUCUGUUGUUGAGGAAAUUAUUUCAUUUUCAGCUCUCGAUAAUUUACGUGACUUGACAUGUGUAUCACUGUUUGCGGUCUGCUUUGACAGCAUUACUACAAGAUUUCAUUGUGGGAAACAGGCACGAGAGAUGGUUCAGACAUUCCAACGACCCUCUGUUCUGCCAAGUGGACAGAAGAAAGUGAGUGGCAUCAGCAAGAUGAAUAAAGCCCUCUUCCCAGGUCAUUCGACACCAGGCACUGCAACAGAUAUUCUGGGAGGAGAUCCAGUUUAUAUAGAAACAUCAGAGACUCAGCAGGAAGAACUCAUUGUAACACUUUCAAUAGGAAAGAUACAUACACAGCUACGCAGGCUGAAAAAUGAGAGCUCCAUUCUGAAGGAUGCAGUAAUUACAGCUAUACCAAGUCAGUACUCCCGUGUGUUAUUUACAUGUGCGAAGAUUACAUCUCCUCUUCGACCUGUUGAUUUCUACAGCCAUCACUUCUCAGCAGAAUCAACAGCAGAUACUGGCCGCCCCAGUACAACUUCAAGCAACACUGAGGAAAUAAGCACUGCAAAUGAAGACAAACUUGGGUUUAUUAUGUUUGAGUGUGGUCUCGAAGGUGUCUCUCUGAAAGUAAUAAAGAGGGCACUUUUUGAAAAAGGAGAAAAUGGCAGAGAUCAAGCAACAGCACAGGGAGAGACGGAUACAGUUGGCAAUGAAUCUUCCAAAUCAAAAGAUGAUGUAGAAUCCAACGAGAAGAGUACAGCAAAUGUCACAGUUACUGUUACGGAACCACCCAUUACUGGUCAGGCCUCAGGAACAAAAUCUGUGAAAGGUGCAAACAAUAUGCCUCAGUCAACUGACACAGGAACAGGUGCAGAGACCAGCACUAACAUUAAUAACAAUGCAGACAACAAUAAGGUCGCUGUCUCACCUGAAGCAAACGGAAAUACAUCCUCAUGUGUUAUUGAAUUCAAAACUGUUUGGUUCAACUUUGCUGCACCUCCGCAUGCACCUAUUACUCGAAAAAUAGACUUUACUAGAUUGGACUGGAAUUUGUUGAGCACUGCAUCACCUGCAAUUAAUGCAUGGAUGAACCCAAGCAAUCGGUUUGCCAUUAGAGUGGUCCAUAUGGUGCGCAGUAUGUAUCGCCGCUCGACAGGUGUUGUAGCAAGUCUGAUGGCUGAUGCCGUAGAUGUUCGGGGAAUUCAUAUUCCUGUUAGAAGUCGUUAUGGGCGUUACACACCAUUGUCAAAGACAUUGCAGGAAGAUCCAUCCUGUCAGCUUUGUAAUGUUCUGCAGAAGUACGUACUACAGACAGAUUUGACAAGCAUAGAAGCCAGUCUUCGGGAAAAUGAACUGCCUAACCUGUCUACACUACGGCAAGGUGUCAUUGUCUUGAGCCGCCAGUGGAAGAAUGUGCUGUAUACACCUUUACUUCUGGAGCACAAUUAUAAAACAAAAUAUGUGAAGCCUCUCAAUGUAACUUUCACUGUACCCGAACCUGAUGAGGAAAAUGUUCUCACAGAUGGAGAGGGAUCAGGGGAGGAAUGUGAGGUGACAGAUGAAUGUGCUAUGCUUCUUAACACGAAGGAUGCUUCACUUCAUAAGCAUAUUAGAUCACAAGAUAAAAGCACUGGAGCCAACCUGAAGCCAGAUGAGUUCAUGAACAUCACUCAACUGACUUCUAUGCCACAGACACCAUUGCCAACUCCGGGCAUCGUGAUGGGAGGUGUAGACAGCCUUUUCAACUCGCCCUCCCCUCCCUCCAUACAUCACCACCACCACCACCAUUCCCAUGGUCACACUCAUCAUCAUGCUCAUACCCACUCCCGCAAACACAGAAAAAAAUCCCUUGCACCAUCUCAUCCUCCUUCGUCAUCUCGUGCCAGUAUUGUCUUCCCAAUUCUCGCUAGUGCCGGAACAAAUCCGUUCACUGCUGCAGCAUCAGCUGCAACGAGCCAGCGCAGAUUUGAAACUGAUAUAAACAUUAGUUAUGGACCACUCCGUGAAGAAAGGCUGCCACAUGUGGGCUCCAACCAGAGCAUUUAUUCUGGAGGUGGUGUGGCAGGUCAUGGCGGAAGUGGCAAGGCUCAUUCUACAACAAGCCUAGACAACAAUUUUUCACCAACAGGAGCAAACAGUUCUUCUGCACCAGGACGGCAAAGUAUAAAAGAAGCUGGGGAAGACCUUUAUAGCUGGAUGGCAAAACAGCAAGAUUUUAUGAAAACAUCUUCAGAAACUCAGCAGAAUUUGCGUACAGGAAACUGGGAAUCUCGUAUCAAUACAAUGACCACAGAUGAUACACUGGAGGAUCCUGAAUAUCAGAGUGGAGCAGGAUAUAGUUUAUAUCCAAUGCAUGACUCCCUGCGUCUCUUGGAUGCUCACCUGAUAUUUGAACCUCUCUUGGCUUGCCUGGGAGUAAUGCCCCAGCAGAUGAUAAGCAAUCUCAGUGGGACUGGAACUAAUGGCAGUUCAUCUUUCGACACACUUGGCUCCAAUUUAUCAUUGGUUGGGAAUGUUGAAACAAUGAGAAUUGACAUUGUUGUGAGUGAAUAUGGGAAAUUUGCUGACAAGAAGAAGGGGAAAGCUGCUGGACAAGGAACAAAACAAGGGAAAAAUCAGAUGCACUCAAAAUUUUGUCUCGAUUUACCACCUGAGACACCAGCAUUCCUGUGUGAGAAGAUUGGUGUCGAACUUGACCUGAAGAAAAUGGCCGACAUGACGGUUGAUGACAUGAUUCAGAAGCAGAAUGUUUUGUACAUCUCCAGAGGCCAACUAAAAAAACACACCAGUAAUAUCCUGAAUAUCAGCCUAAAUAUACGCUACAUAUCACAGCAGGUAAACAUGCCUCUCCUGAGACUCUUGCAUCAAAUCAGUAACAUGUACCAGAAUGUGAAAGAAACACAAAUGGAACUAAAAGAGGAACAGCAGCCUGUUGAUCUGAAACAUGAGCCUUCAGUCAAUAUGACUCACAAAAAUAAUGGAUCAUCAUCAACAUCUGAUCUCCAUGAACCUGCAGCCUUAAUUGAUGAAAAAAUAAAAAUACCUCAGACAAUGAUCCCUCCUGAAUUUCCACAUUCAUUGAGUCAGCACAAGACGAUCUCCCCUUCAGCGUCUCUACGAUCCAGGCCUCAGAGCUUCGCCCAGAAACUACGCUCCACCAGUAAGAGUGUUAAAGGAUAUAUAAACUUGAAUGAAGGAGUGACAACUCCUAUGUUUGCUGUUAGUCCUUCUGGAUCAGGCUUGGAACAUGUCACUAUUGCUUCAGAUAAAAGUAAAGACUGCAUAAAUGCCACUCCUCAGUGUUGGAAAACAGUUUAUUAUCUACUGGAUCUGUAUGCCACAAUGCCUGAAACCAAGACAAUUACUCACAGGUUUUCAGUGCCAGCUGAUGUAUCAGAAGGAUACAAAGGAAAUAGAAAGUACGACUUACUGAUGGAAGCAAGGGCCAAUGAAGAUGUAGAGAAAGGCCUUGUGAAUGGUGGUUCUGAACACCUGGCAAGACUAACACCUGUACAGCAGGACAAAAUGAGAGAACUGAAUGUGGUGACUGGUGAAAGGACUCGUCUUGUAGUGUUUGGUGUGGCAAGGAUUCACCGUACCCGUCUCCUGGCAACUCUGAGUGGACUGAAGCUAGAAGCAGAGAUAACCAGUCUACAUGCAAGUCUGACAUGCCGUAAAAAGUCUCGUCCUGCAAGCUUUGAAUGUUCUUUAACUGGGCACGUUGGUCGUACAAUGAUAGUACUGCUUGAAGGUGUUGCUCCAAGUCAGCAGACAGUGGUGAAAGUGACUGUAGGAAAGUCUCAGGCACUUUACUCAAGCAUUUCUCGACGCUCAAAGGACAAGAAUUCUGGUUUGCUUACAGUGGGGGCUGUAAAUAUUGACAUCCCACAACAUCCUGUAGCAUUGCAUGGAAUGAUGACUAGAGGAAGCAAGCAGCUUUCUUCUACAUUACAGGAGUUGCGUGUGACAAGAACUUCUAGUCGUAUAAGCCGGGGAACAGCAGGAGUGGAUGAACCUGACUGUACAAACCAGCAUUCCCCACGGCACAUGCACACCACAUGGCAGGCUACAGCUCAGCAGCCACCCUCAUAUAAGAGCCAGACGGAGUCCAGUUUGUUGCAGCCUCUUGUGAUGCAAUUUUCUAUUGUGCUACAGAGUUUGAGUAUUACUGCCGCCUUGUUGCCAUCACUGCAAGCCCAGUAUAAGAUGGAUCGAGUUAACAGCACAGGUAUUACAGGAAGCAAAGCAAAAUUCACUGUAGAUCUUCCACAUCACACCUUAAGUUUCACUACCAAACUCCAGGUAACAGAGGCUAAUCUGCCAUCAGAAGCAAGUAUUGAACUGCCAAAGGUUCAUGUCUCAGCCGAAUAUGUGCAAGAUGGUAACAAUGCUGGGGAGGCACAGUUUGCAGAUGGCGUUGUCCUGAGGCAAGGCAGCUAUUUAAGUGCUGUUGCAGCAAUUGGGGAAUUUGAGCAUUCACUAACAACAGACCUGUUGAAUCAUCUUGUUUUUGUGCAGAAAGUUUUUAUGAAGGAAGUAAAUGAAGUUGUUCAGAAAGUGUAUGGUGGGGAGAAGCCUGUUCCUCUGUGGCUUGAAGGAAGCGAAGAGACAAAUUCUUCAUCUCUUAAAAGAAUACUCUUCUCUUUAGUGAUCAGGAUAAAACGUAUUCAGUUAACAGCAACUACACCAACUAACUCUGCUGUUCGCCUUGAGACAGGAGCUGUGGAAUUCCAACUGUCUAACAGAGUACAAAAUGUCUCGGGUGCUGCUCAACCAAAUCCUUACAUGAAAAUAUUUGGAAAGGCACAGGUUGAUGUCAAUUUGAGUCUAGGGCAGCUUCUGAAAAAUGUCAUGUUUGAAGAAGCAGAACCCGAAUUUCAACAGUAUGCCUUCUUCAAGACAAGAAUAGGCCUGAGGAAUGCAUUCCAGGAUGAAAUGGUUCAAGGGGAUGACAAGGAGAUGGUACUGAUCACCCUUAGACGACCACUUAUCUACAUUCAGCCUAUAGCUGUGGAUAAAGCAAUUCUUGUAUGGCUGAAUUACAAAAAUGCUUACGAAUACUGGAAUGAACAGAGGUCGAAUCUUAACAAGGAAGUACUUACAGCCACACAGCAGGUUUUUGAAAAAGUUCCUUUUGGACAACUGACAAGUCAGCUAAGCACUCCGCAUUUGGGCACACUAUUUUUGCAACUAACUGUUGAUGACAUGGGUAUUUGCCUGCCAUUAAAUCCAUUACCUUUGACUUCUUGGGGGAUGAACCGCACAUUGUAUGAUGGUGACUCAAGAGGAGCUGUGGUGGUGACUCUAGAAAGCACAAGCAUUUCAGCUUGUAGCUCUGGUUCACUUGUGAGCAAAGGGCGAUUUGUGGGCUUGUGUCUUCGCUUUGCAGAUGAUUUUGAAACAAGCCUUGAUGACUGGAAGCCUGAUAUGAGUGACAGCAAUAUAAUGAAUCUGUGUGUGGUGUCUGAGGGAACCUAUGAAGUCUGCAGUCGCACAAUUGCACAGAAACAAGGCAGUGAAAAUGCAAAAUGGUUUUUAAAUGUGCAGUGGCAAAUGGAAGGUGUAGAUAUUCAUCUUGACGUCAAUGUUGGAAAACAGCUGUCAGCAUUGGGACAUACAUUAACAAUGCUCACAGGCUCACAAGAAGAAGAUGAAGCAAAUGCAACAAGCUAUGACAGUGAUGAAACUGAUCAGGUUGAUGGAAAUACAGCUUCACUUGAGAGCAUAACUCUCAAGCGAAGUCGGAAUUUAACUGACAGCUUGCCUGCAUUUGUGUUCGACCCAUCAAUUGAUGCCAAGAAAAGGUCGAAGUUAAUAGAAAAGGAGAUGAAUGAGCAGGCAAAAAUAAUAAAUGACUUAAGAUCACUGGGUGCUUCUCAUGGUACAAUUGAACAAGAAAUGAAAAGACUGCAAGAACUUGAAGCAAUGGUUUUCAAGGAUUUCAGAAGGGAUAUGAUACAGAAGUUAAGGAGGCAGAGUGUGAAAGCAUCAUCAAUUAAAGGCAAAUUUGGUCUUGGGUCAAAAGCAAGUACCUACCGCUCUCGAUCAUUCAUUGUUCCAUCUCCUACACCAGAGCACCAGGUGGAGACAGACAGCCCAGAUGAUGCAGCUGUUAUUUUGGUUGCUAAUGGGAGCUCUGCAAGCUUUGAAAGCUCACCACGCACAGGUCCCUCGCGUUCAGCAUCACUAAGAGUGCGUGGUAUAACUGGACCAAGGGUGACUUUUAGUGACACACACAACAUCUGCAGGCAAUCUUCAUUACCAAGUGCCAGCUCAGACUUGAGUCUUCCUGAAGGAGAUUUUGAGUGGCCACGUCCAGAACACAUUGAAGUUGAUGGUGAAAUGGUGGAGCUUAGACCCAAAUCAUCUGUGUAUUCUGGAAGCUAUGAUCUCUCAGAAGGCAGCAUCCCUCUCCUUGAACCCAGCAGCAAGGAACCAGGUGGUAGCAGUCCAGCUUCAUUCAGCUCAACGUUCCAGAAGGCCCAAGAGCCAAAUAUUGACUUCGAACUUGAUGUCAAGGUAUUCAUAAACAGUGGAAAGUGUGUGCUGCAUACCAAAGAUCCUGCUAAGGAAGAUGAACUAAAAGUAACUAGUCGGAUGAAGAAGGAGCGAAGCUGUUCUGGAGGAAUCUUUGAUUUUCCGCCAUCUAGCCCCAACACAAGCAGGCGUACUAAGGAAAGCAAGCACGGUACUAGUUCUGCGUCACGACUUCGAUAUUUGCAUGGAAAUGUAGCUCAAUUGGUGGACCUAACAAUAUUCCAUAUUCCCGGUCUAGAUGUAAAGGUCCAUUACGAAUCAAAGACACUAACGGAGGAAAAUUUGUCCCCAAAAAUUCAAAGUGACAUGACACCUCCACAGCAGCAGCAGCAGCAGCAGCAGCAGCAGCGUAAAGGUGGCAUAAAAAAAGCAAGCUUGUUUGCAUGGAUGACUCUGCAAAGCAUACCAGAAGAAACUAUCAUCAGCCCUCACAUACUUGAAUUUCUAGAACAGACUCUGGAGCCAAUUCCUUCCAAUCUCCAGCAUGCAAAAACUUCAGGUGGAGCAGCAAAUACGAUGUUCACAAUGGAUCAAGAUUCCACUUGGGCAGCAGCUACUGCAACUGGAAAUUAUGUGUACGCAUCAUUUCCUGUUGAUGUGAUUGUGUAUUUCCAUAUGCAACCAUCGACAUUCCGAUUUUCUUGCUUACCUGUUUCACGAGUGGAAUGCAUGCUACAACUCCCAUCAUUGGACAUUGUCUUCUCCUCGAAACGUGCUGAAGAGGAACUGCAAAGCGAAUUUGGGGAAGCAAGGAUGUCAGGCAAAUCAUCUCUUUUUGACUCAUCUGCACCUUCUUCUGCUGUGGGAGGACUAAGUGUAACAGGAUGCUUAGCAGACUUUUCUGUGUAUAUAUUUCAUCCAUAUGGAGGUGGAAAAAAGUCAGGUUUGAAAGAGGCACAGUGGUCUCCUUUAGCUGACAGUGAACGCAAAGAUUCACUGAGUGUGAAUGUAGAAUUUGUUAAGUUCCAUCUUUCACGCAGCCGAAAGCUCAACUUCCAGUUAGAGCAACAAAGCAAAUUCCCAAAGAGUUCAGAUCAAAGCCAAGCAGUUAUCAGAUUUUCAACAAUAAUAGAUAUUGGUUCUGCAUCAUUCAAAUACGAUAUGCGUCGCCUUACUGAGAUUCUUGCCUUCCCAAAGGCAUGGUACAGACGAAGUAUAGUUCGAAGACUUUUCCUUGGUGAUCUGAGCAUAAGUGCCACAUAUAGUGAGGGUGAAGAAUCUUCACCUUCCAGCCUUGAUGGUGACCCCCUAGCGACUCCUCAGCCUCAGGUGAAAAGUGCCAAUGUAUUUGACCCUAGUGGCAGGCACAAUGCUGAAGUACACGGACUUUCGAGAUCUGCCCCAACAAAUGAAAAAAGUCCAAUGCUGUCUACAAGAGAGAAGUUGCGUUUAAGUUUGGAGACUGAUAUAUCAAGACAAGCAAAGAGUAAAGAGGCAGGCAAUGUUCAUGCAAAAUCUGACUCUCCAAGUCCAUCUGACCAAAAACAAGGAGCUGCUUGGGAAACACUUGUAUUAUUUGCUGUGAACUUCACCAAACUUAAUGUCCAUAUGAACAUGGGGAAUGUAAUGGGCAAUGUAAUGUGGCUAACCAAAGAUUUUAAAUCAGAGGGACGUCUGUCAAUUGGAAGUAAUGGGCAUAAAAAUAUGUAUAUUGGGUUUGGACUUGGCGGUUCCAGUCUGGAUGCCAAAGGAGGAAUUGUAGGUGGUACAAUAGAGCUGAGUAAAAUUGAUACAUACAUACACAUAAGAGAAGAUCCAGGAACAGAACCAGACCACACAAUAGGCCUGAAGCUGUUUGCGCUGGAACUGCGUCUAGAUUAUAUGGGAACUGGUAUUCUCAUGUCGAGAGUGAGCUCUCUUACAGUAUCAUUGCGGGAUGAAUGGAAACUGAACCACAGCAGAAAAACAGAGGCAUUUAGUCCAACACGCAGACCUGCAAUGAUUUUCAUGCAUGGGGAUCUCGGUUGGGAUCAGCUGCAGCUCAUGAUUUCCAAGUCAACAACAGCAGACUUGCUCAAGAUGUUCUAUAAACUAGAAGAAUUCUUUUCACAACAGUUCAAGAGCAGUAAACGGGUGUUCUCAAGCCUGCAGCCUCGGAACACAAGGGCCAGCAGCUUUAAGCGAAAGCAGCAACAACCUCUUCAGCCGGCAAGUGCUAGCAAGAGGAGAGCCACAGCCAUACCUGAAGGUAUUCACAGUUUCCUGGUGCAUGUCUUCAGGUCACUCGCAAGUGUCCCAUGGGAGGAUGCAAGGCACCACCGUCACUGGCAGCGAGUCCUUUCUCAGGUGGCAGGCCUGCACUUGUCAACACUGAGCUUCCCACUCCCAUCAUCAGGCACCGUGCUAGGUGGUACUAUGGAGCUACAUGGCAGCAACAUCUCACUCGCCUGCUUUCACGGGAUAAACUUCAAGUCAAAGUCAUGGGCACUGUUCUCCCUCAAAGAACCCUGCAUCUCUUUUGCCACUGAGGCUCAGGAAGUACCUUCAACAGAUGGUAGUGAACACCAACGUUUGGAUGUCCACGUUGUACAAACACUAACAUUCAGUUUAGGCAUGACAACUGAGCAACCUCACGCCCAACAUCUCAGCAUGGCAACAAUAUGCCGCGUCAGUCGAAAUGUACUGUUUCCUCCCCAGUUUCGAACACUUCAGGAAUGGUUUCAUUAUGCAUUUGCAUGCAGUGAAAUUGAUGCUGUGGAUCGAUUUCCAAGUUUGGAGCGUGAGAAAGAAGCAACUGAGCAGCAAAGAGCACGUAGUACCAGCAGCAGCAAACUACAGGAUCAUAAUCAUACGAGGGAGGUGGUUUUUGCUUUGCCAUCCAUGCAACUUCAUCUCAAGACUGAGCACCUCCAGUCAGCAAGGACACCAGAUCUUUCAGGACAAAAGCCAUUAGUCGAAUGCAGUUUCAUUACUGAGUUUGAAGAUCACAUUUUUGUUACUGUGGAUGCAGAUGCUUUCUUUUUUCUCCAUGAUCUCAUCACAUCAUACAUGAAAGAGAAGGAGAAAGUGAGUGGCCUUAGAGCACACAGUCCAGAGCAUGAGAGGCGAACAACCAGUUCUUUCAGUGAAGAAGAAAGAAAGCGCAAAGCAUUUGAUCCAGCAGAGAUGUUUACAAAAGACUGGAGAAAUUACCACUGCAAGACAUGGCACUUGGAACCCACUGUGAGGCUUCUCUCGUGGGCAGGUAAAAGCAUAGAACCAUACGGAGUGGAUUACAUUCUGCAGAAACUGGGAUUCUCUCAUGCUCGUACUACAAUACCUAAAUGGGUGCAGCGUGGAUUUAUGGACCCUCUUGACAAAGUUCUGGCUGUCCUUAUGUUGCGGAUGGUGUCAGUUGUCCGAGGAGGUGAAUCUGGAGCGGGUGAUGAACAAUUACACAGAAGAUUAACUGAUAAAUAAACAUGUUAUGUAAAAGUAUAUAAUAUUGUCAGAGUCUAACGUUGUUUGAUAAAUUUCAUAUUGUAUGUACCCACGUAUAAAUAUUGAUUGUAAGGAAUGGCAGUAUUCUUUAUAACAGCUGACAUCACAUUUGAGCUGUUGUAUAUAGCAUUACUUGUAGCUGAGAUAUUUGUACUUUAUGUAUAUAAUCCCAUUGCCAUUUACUGUGUUUUCAUGACUGAGCCUUUUCAUAAAUGUAAAUUAGUAUGUUUUUAUUUCUCUGUUGUCAUAGUGACACUACACUUUCUUUGGCCAUGAAAUCCUUAUAUCAGUAUUGAAAUCAAAACUUGUAUAAGGCACAAGUAUUUCAUGUAUAUCUUUGUGUGUAUGAGAAACAGAGGGAGGAAGAGGGAAAAGGUGUUGUAAAUGUACUCUAUAAAGAAGAAUGUUCGCUGAAAAAUAUUGCUCUACUAUGUGGUAUAAUUACUCUACCUGUAAUUUUCAUAUCUUGUAUAUAAUUUUAUGAUACUUAGAGAGAUGAAGCAACCAGUAAACUUAGUAAUAACAAAAGUUUAUGUAAAUAUUGCCAUGUACAUUUUUUCAUUUAAUCAUUAAUCUCAGACAUUUACAGCUACUUGUUAAAUCCCACUUUUAUUUGCUUAAAUGUAAGAAUAAUCUAGAGCACACACUUCUUUCAGUUAGUUCCAAAUCUCUGACUAGCUUUUUCUCAUGUAUACUAGCAUUUAUAUAGAUGUAAGGUAAAUCAACAGUGAAACCCAUAGUUUCUGGUGCACCUUUAUGUGAUAGCAAUAAGAAAUUUUUUAACAUUGUUUUUCAAUAUUUUGCUCAUUGUGUUAAUGUGUUUUUUAAUUAUUAGACUUAUCUAAUUUGUAUUGUUGAGUUUAAAUUGUAAGAAGAAAAAAAUAUAAAUUGUCACAAUUCAGUUUAUGUACAGUUGAAGGAUGUAUUUUAUGUCUCACCAGAUAAACUUUAUAUUCAAUGCAUUUGUGAGUUUAAAUGUCCAAGAAUGGAUAGAGGUACGUGUUUUCUUUGGUUAGUAGCAAUUUGUUGUUGGGAGGGUUAUGAAAAUAUUUGUUUCUUACUGUUUACUAUUGAUGAAUGCUUAUGUGUUAAUACUCUGUAAGCAAAUUUGGGUUGUUCUGUGAAGAACCUUAUGUAAGAUCCGUUACGUAUCUUUCCAUUUUUGUAAAUAGUUUAUCAUUGGCUCAGCAAUUGUGUGUUUCCAUCUAACCUAUAAUGACCAAGAGUUUGAUUUUCUAUUUUCAGCUGAAGUAGUGUCUCAGUAUUAAAGUAAAACAUUUGCCACAAACAUUUAUGUGUGAAACCUUUCAUAUAGUUGUCUUAAGAAGUAUAGUUACAUUGUUGACUUACAGUAUCACUGAACUAUGCAGCUUUUAAAAACAAAAGAUGCAGCUGUUCAACAAUGUUUAAUAUUUUAUCUAGUCAUUUAAUUAGGUAUUGUGUGAAUGUUGAUGUGUGCUUGUUUUAAAGAUCAAGAGUUUUAUUAAUUGUUAUAGGAUGUUAAUGUGAACUAAUAUCACAUGCAGUUACUGUGUUAAGCUUUGGAAUAUAAAAGAGUUUUGUUAAUGGUGUUGACAUUUUGUGUAAGGGUAUCUAAUUUCUUGGUCUUGUUUGAGAUCUAUACCAUUGUGACCUGAAACGUAGAAAACACCACUUAAAUUUAUGAGUAUUCCACCUUUUUAGUGAACUGCAUCAGAAUAUGCUAAUAGGCUGGUAAUAAUGAACAUUCUAUAGUGUACAUUAUUGUAAUCAAAAUCAUAUCAGUGAUGAUAAUACUUUGUUACUACAUACUGCACUACUAGGUCACAUAUAUCUAUCCCUUUAGAGUUACAGUAUUAAUAAAAUAUUAAGCAGUGGGUAUCAGCUACAAUCUGAUUUCAAUACAAAGGCAUAAGUCAGUUUAAAUUUUUCUAUAAUGUCCAGUGGUCAUACAUAUCGAGCAAUGGAUUCAUAACAGAAUUCAAAAUAUAGUUUCAUCUCAUCCUCUUCUGAUACAUACUUGUUUUCAACAGUUACUUAGUCACUUUUCAAUUCGUGUGAUUAUGGUUUCCAGUUUUUAUUCAAGAAAAUUUGGUGUACAUAAUAUCAUUGUGUUCGUAUGUGUGGCAGAAGGGGUUGAGAGUAAUACCCAAAGUAUCUGAGUUCUGUAAUGAAUGUUUUGGCUUUUAUUCAUUCCAAUCAUCAAAGCAUUCACAAAUUUCAGUUAUUAAGUAUUUACCUCUUCUAUUCAAAGACCCAAAGUAAUUCUUUUUGAAACUGCUGCAGUAGAACGUUCAAAGGACUGUUGUUCCAGCUUACUAAUAAAAUAAAUCUUACUUCCAUGUGCCAUGUAACUGAUUUGUCAGAAAUGUGACCAUUCCAGAGAUAGAAUAAUCUCAGACCUGAAUGCAAAGCUUUAUAUUUUGUUAGAAACUAAUGUCGACCAUAAGAAUAAAUCCUCACCUUUUUCCCCAAUGAAUAUCAUGUCAGCAGCAACUAAGCAUGAUCUUUUUUUAUGAAAUUAAUAAAUGUAUUUAAUGUGAUAAUUCUAAGGAGCCUCUGGUUGAAGAGUUUUCAUGUGGCUUGGCAUAACUGCAACCUAUAUGUAAGAAAACUUCAUUACCAUGUUGUAUUGUAAAUAACUGGAUAUUCAUUCCAAAGGUCCCAUUUUCCAUCCUUCUCAGCAGUAGAAUGAUGGUGAAACUGCUACUCUAUUAACAAGCUACAUUCUUUGUGCAGUGUUUUUUUUUUUUAAAGAAAGUAUUGAAUUGUGUAUUUGUGCCUCCUGAGUAUUAAUAAGUGCCCUGUUGUUUUAAUAGUAUUGAUGCUUGUUAAGGGAGCAAUUUUUAUUUUGAUUGUUAAGAAAAUACCAAUAAAGCAAAUGCUUAUUAUUUGUUA